AUGCGCAGGUGGUGGGAGUCGAUUUCAAUUUUGGGGACGAUACUUUUGAUAUCGCCGGUAGAGACAAACGCCAUAAGGUUCGUGAUUGACAGAGAAGAAUGCUUCUCCCACAACGCUGAGUACGAGGCGGACACUGUCCAUCUCUCCUUCGUCGUCAUCAAGACCAAUUCCCCAUGGAAUUCCGGCAGGGAAGGUGUCGAUUUCAUCAUUAAAGGGCCACAAGGGGAUCUUUUCCAUGAAAUGUUGGGGAGAACAGAGGCCAAGUUCGAGUUCCAAGUCCAUGAGAAAGGGGUUUACCGCUUCUGUUUCUUUAACAAAUCUCCCUUCCAUGAGACCAUUGAUUUUGAUGUUCAUAUUGCCCACUUCACUUACUACGACCAGCCUGCUAAAAAUGAGCAUUUUGGGCCACUAAUGGAGCAGAUAACGAAAUUGGAGGAGGCCUUGUACAACAUCCAGUUCGAGCAACAUUGGCUGGAGUCUCAGACUGAACGCCAGGCAUUGGUGAAUGAUGACAUGAGCAAAAAAGCGAUGAACAAAGUGAUGAUCGAGUCAGCUGCUCUGAUAGGGGCGAGCUUCCUCCAAGUCUACCUUUUGAGGUGCUUGUUCGAACGCAAGCUUGGUAGCCACGCUAGGGUUUGA